CGUUUCCUAGGGGACUGAGGGAGGGCCCGGGUGGUAAGAAGCGGGGGUGGGCCCUGCGCGUAAUGGCAGUGCCGUGUCCUCGCGUCCAUCUUUACCGCUCUCUCGGACUUGUCACAAAGGAGUCGCGCCGCUGUCGCCGUCCCCUCCCUCUGGUGGGCCCAGGAGCUAGUGAAAGUCAGUGCCACAGCCCGACCGCGCUGCUCUGGGAAGCCCCUUGGGGACGUGGCCCGGGAGGGAACCUGAGGGCUAGGGACGCCUGUGAGGGAAGAGAGCAGCCGCCGGAGCCUGGACCGGAGGCGCCGGACUGGGGCCGCGGCCGUCCCCGGGCAGGGGUCUGGGAGAGGGUGGCGUUGGGGCGAGUCUGGGAAGCAGCCGGAACGUUCUCCUCCGAGGCCCGCGCUGGAGGCGCCUGAAGCGGUUCCUGGAAGAGGGUGAUCCCCCUCUGGGGGAUCCUGCCUGGAGGAGGUCCUGGGGUCACCCUCCCGAGGAGACUGCGGCUGACCGGGCCCAGGGUCUUACUAUGUUCUCUUAAACUCCGCUGGAACCUGUGGUCCUCUCGCAUCAGCCUCCCGAGUGCUAGGGACUGCAGAACUGCCAGUGCAUGGCCAGCAUUCCUGGUGGUUGAUAAUGUUGGAAAUCAGCCAUUUGACCUUCUCCAGCUUUGAGUUGUUAAAAAUGAAUAGAAUGCAAGUUCAACUCCACAUUAUGAAAACAGUACUCGGAAAAUUUAAAACUAUCUAAAUGAUUGUCUUUGGUUGGGCUGUGUUCUUAGCAAGCAGAAGCCUUGGCCAGGGUCUGCUGUUGACUCUCGAGGAGCACAUAGCCCACCUACUGGGGACAACAGGUGCCACUACUACUAUGGGUAAUUCCUGUAUCUGCCGAGAUGACAGUGGAGCAGAAGACAAUGCUGACACCCACCAGCAACAGGCUGAGAACAGUGCAGUCCCUACUGCUGAUACUAGGAGCCAACCUCGGGACCCUGUUCGGCCUCCAAGGAGAGGCCGAGGACCACAUGAGCCAAGGAGAAAGAAACAAAAUGUGGAUGGGUUAGUGCUGGACACACUGGCAGUAAUACGGACUCUUGUAGAUAAUGAUCAGGAACCUCCUUAUUCAAUGAUUACAUUACAUGAAAUGGCAGAAACAGAUGAAGGAUGGUUGGAUGUUGUCCAGUCUUUAAUUAGAGUUAUUCCAUUGGAAGAUCCACUGGGACCAGCUGUUAUAACCUUGUUACUAGACGAAUGUCCAUUGCCCACUAAAGAUGCACUCCAGAAAUUGACUGAAAUUCUCAAUUUAAAUGGAGAAGUAGCAUGCCAGGACUCAAGCCACCCUGCCAAACAUAGGAACACAUCUGCAGUCCUGGGCUGCUUGGCUGAGAAACUAGCAGGUCCUGCAAGCAUAGGUUUACUUAGCCCAGGAAUACUGGAAUAUUUGCUACAGUGUCUGAAGUUACAGUCCCACCCCACUGUCAUGCUUUUUGCACUGAUUGCACUGGAAAAGUUUGCCCAGACAAGUGAAAAUAAAUUGACUAUCUCUGAAUCUAGUAUUAGUGACCGACUGGUCACGUUGGAGUUGUGGGCUGAUGAUCCUGAUUAUCUGAAACGUCAAGUUGGCUUCUGUGCCCAGUGGAGCUUAGACAAUCUCUUUUUAAAAGAAGGUCGACAACUAACCUACGAGAAAGUGGACUUGAAUAACAUUAGGGCGAUGCUGAACAGCAAUGAUGUCAGCGAGUACUUGAAGAUCUCACCUCAUGGCUUGGAGGCUCGCUGUGAUGCCUCCUCCUUCGAGAGUGUACGCUGCACUUUUUGUGUGGACACUGGGGUGUGGUACUACGAAGUAACAGUGGUCACUUCUGGUGUCAUGCAGAUUGGCUGGGCUACCCGAGACAGCAAGUUUCUCAAUCACGAAGGAUACGGCAUUGGGGACGAUGAGUAUUCCUGUGCCUAUGAUGGCUGCCGGCAAUUGAUUUGGUACAAUGCAAGAAGUAAGCCUCAUGUGCACCCAUGCUGGAAGGAAGGAGACACAGUAGGGUUUCUGUUAGACCUGAAUGAAAAGCAAAUGAUCUUCUUUUUGAAUGGCAACCAGCUGCCUCCUGAGAAGCAAGUCUUUUCAUCCGCCGUAUCAGGAUUUUUUGCUGCAGCUAGUUUCAUGUCAUAUCAACAAUGUGAGUUCAAUUUUGGAGCAAAACCAUUCAAAUACCCACCAUCUAUGAAAUUCAGCACUUUUAAUGAUUACGCCUUCCUAACAGCUGAAGAAAAGAUUAUCUUGCCAAGGCACAGGCGCCUUGCUCUGCUGAAGCAAGUCAGUAUUCGAGAGAACUGCUGUUCACUCUGUUGUGAUGAGGUAGCAGACACACAGCUGAAGCCAUGUGGACACAGCGACCUGUGCAUGGAUUGUGCCUUGCAACUGGAGACCUGCCCAUUGUGUCGUAAAGAAAUAGUGUCUAGAAUCAGACAGAUUUCCCAUAUUUCAUGACACAUGUGAGGAAAUAUCAUGGACCUAUUUCUACUCAGUUCCAACCAAUGUUGAAAAGAAAAGGAAAAAAAAAAAAAAAACUCAUGCAAACAUCUCUAACCAGUUGUACGCACAUUGAAACUUAUAGCCAUGGCCAGAUUUUAUGCUAAAAUUGGUAGUUUGUCAAAAACAGAUUCUCUUAGCCUAACUCAACUUGCCAGCCCUGAACUCCUUUUGAGGCCGAGGAAGGCUGAAUGUCAUCAGGUGGGCCUAUGGUACUUCCAUGAAAGACAACAGGUGACAAAGGGUCUCCUGAACUCUGAAACCACUCCACAAUUCUUCAUGUUGGGUUCAUUUGAUUGUUUAACACAAGCUGUUUUGUGUCUUAGUCUACAGUUUUUAUUUUGAGGUGAAAUCAUUUUGGAGAAGUAAUUGACAGCGCGCCUGGGUUAAGUAUCGCUGGUCAGAGAGCCCCGGUGUGUUAAGCAUGGAUACCGCACUGCAAGACUUGACUGUAAACGUAGCGUCACACAGAUCACACAGGCCAUUACUACAAGCAACAUGAAGAUCCUGAAAGGUGCACAGGCUGUAGGAAAAACAACAACAAAAAAAAAAACAAAAAAAACAAUAACAGCAAAAAAACAAAACAAAAAAAACCCAAUUUUUUUUUUAUAUUUCAGUGAUUCCAAAGAACAUUCUAGUUUUUUUAACUACAGAAAAUUGGUGGUAUUUUCACAUUCAUGGUGUUUCUAUCCAGUUUCAGUACCCACAUUUUGUGAGGAAAAAUGUUUUACCAAUACAGGAGGAACUUUAAACCAAUUGCAAUGUUAGACUGGAGAAAACUGGUAGUGUAUCUUUGAGGUACCAUCAAAUCAGGUUUUUUUGUUUUUUAUUUUUUAAAAAUUUUUAAUCAGUAUUGUUUUUGGAAGUAAUAUACUUUGAAACUCUUGAAUUAAUAGUCUCUAGAAGACAGUCUGAGAACAUAUAUCCUGUUAUUUUAAAUAAAUACAUGUUUUUGAAUAGCAAGUUCAAUCAUGAAUUGUUGACUCUGUCUUCAUCAAAAGUGUUUUAUAUCCCUCUCAGGGUCUCUGGUGAAGGCCUUCAAGAGUUCACUUUUUCUCCCAGAAAAUUGGAAGGUAGAAUUGUAAAUUUUUAAGACUUAUUUCAUAAUGGUGUACCUCAGCAACUGCCUUUCAAUUUUAUGCCAAGUCCUUACUGAGUUUAUACUUGAACAGUAGAUGUCUUCUGAGUUUUAGAGUGUCUUAAACUCACUGCACAUUCUUUUUCCUUCUCCUCUGUCUUGUUUGUGGUUCAUUAACCCUGUCCUACUUAUAGAGGUGAUUUCCUUCCUGGCUGUACUUGUUGGGUGCUGGAGUUUCUCCAUGUCUCUCUAGUCUUCCAUAAAUCCAAAUAUAUAUAUAAGUAUAUAUACAGAUAUAGUUAUGUGUUCCUCUUCUUCAGCUUGUGGUGAAUGCAGUAAUUUGCAUUGAAGAAUAAAAGAUCUGUUGCAUUUUUUUACUCUAA